AACGAGGGCUGCAGGGAUAUCCUCCCUGUCUCAGUGAGAUCCGAGGGUGAUCCGGUUGUCCCUGGAGGGAGAACUGACAGCCAAACUUCUGGAAGCAAUCGGCCUGCCUGCAACCUUCCUUCUCUGCUGCAAUGGCGGUGACAGCAGUCUUGGCUAAAUUCCAAGCUGAAUCUAAGUGCCCCGUCUGCCUGGAAGACCUGAAAGACCCAGUGACCAUCGAGUGUGGACACAACUUCUGCCGUGCCUGCAUCCAGCAGUCCUGGGAGAAUCUGCAGGAGAUGUUCCCCUGCCCUGUGUGCCGCCACCAGAACGAGGAGGGGCAUCACAGAAGCAAUCACCAGCUGGGGAGGAUGAUCAAAAUCGCCCAGCAGCUCCAAGUCGGCAGCAGCAAGAGGAAGAGGCCGGAAGAGGACUCCCAGUGUGAGAAGCACAGCCAGGCCUUCACCUUCUUCUGUGAGAAGGAUUUGGAGCUGCUGUGUCCUUUGUGCAUGGGGGGCCCGGGCCACAAUCGCCACACAGUGAGGCCCAUCGCCAAGGCCGCCUCUACCCACAGGGAAAAGCUCCUCUCGUAUAUCCAGCCUCUGAAGAAACAGCUGGAACAGGCCCGCAAACUAGUACAGACCCAAAGCAAAAAACAUCUGGAACUCAAAGAGAUCCUGGAGAACCAGAGGAAGCAAUUCACCUCGGAAUGUGAGCAUCUGAUGCGCUAUUUAGAGCAGGAGCAGAAGGCAGCUCUGUGUAGGUUAGAAGAAGAGGAGAAGGAGAUAGAACAGAAACUCCAGGAAAACAUCGAGGCCUUUACCCUCUAUGGUUCCAGACUCCGAAGUCUCCUGCACCAGGGGGAAGAGCAGAUGAGGCUGCCGGAAGUGGAAUUUCUACAGGAAGUCAAACAUUUCCACAGGAAUUUCGACCCUGAGUUUAGCCCACCUGUCUUUUCAAGUCAGUUAAAGCCCCACGUCUACCUUUUCCCCCCCCAGUAUUCUGCCCUGCAAAAGCUGAUAAGGAAAUUCAAGGUGGACAUCCUUCUAGACCCUGAGACGGCUCAUCCGAAUUUGGUUGUCUCCCAGGAUAAAAAAUGUGUGACAUUUUCAGAGAAGAAACAACAAGUGCCCAAUUCUCCAAGAAGGUUCAAAGCCAACACCGUGGUUCUCGGGGCUCUGGAGAUUGGAUCUGGGAGGCAUUUCUGGGAGGUUCAAGUAGGAGACAAGGCUAAGUGGGGUAUCGGAGUCUGCAAGGCCUCUUUGUCCCCAAAAGCAAAGUGGACAUCCAACCCCGAGGGAUACUGGAGGAUGCUGCUACUGGACGGUGGCUACCAGGCUCCCGGAGCUGUUCCCAAACCUCGGUUAGAUGUGAUGGCCAGACGCAUCGGCAUUUUCCUGGACUAUGAGCUGGGGGAGCUCUCCUUCUAUAACAUGCCCGAGAAAUCGCACAUCUGCACUUUCUGGGAGACGUUCACAAAGCCUCUUAAGCCCUGUUUCUAUAUGGGACCUAAGUCAGAACCUCUCCGCAUCACGACAGAAGCGGAUUGCCCGCAGUGAACACGCUCUGCUAGUACUGGGGCUAGUACUGGGGCGUGAACUCAGUACCUGGGUGGUCUCUCCCCUUUAGCUGUUUUUGUUCAAGGCUGGUGGCGCUCUACAGUUUAA